AUGGAUUACGAGAUAGAAGGAGAAGUACCACGAACUGAUAAGAAUUAUAUAUUUUUAUACAUUCCAAUAGUUUUAAAUGAAAUGAUAAAAAAUAAUAAUAAUAAAGGGGUAGAAAAAAUAACAAGUUUUCAUGCUUCUAAAAUUCCUGAUAUAUCUUUAAAAAAUUAUUUAGAAAGGAUAGGUAAAUAUAUUGGAUGUAGUAAUGAAUGUUUUGUAUUAUUAAUAAUAUAUUUAGAUAGAUUAAUAAAAAUAAAUAAAGAUAUAUCUUUAUCAUUAUUAUGUAUACAUAGAUUAGUUAUAACUGCUGCUAUGAUAUCUGUAAAAUUUUUUGAUGACUUAUAUUAUUCUAAUGCUUAUUAUGCUAAAAUAGGAGGUGUAACAACUAAAGAAUUAAAUAAAUUAGAAAUAUAUUUUUUAAAUCUUAUAGAUUAUCAAUUAUUUGUAUCAUCACAAGAAUAUGAUUUCUAUAGAAAAUAUAUUUCCUUAGCUGUUACAAAAUAUAUAUAUAAUAAAAAUAAUAUUAAACACAUACCAAUAAUUAAAAAACCAUAUAAUUUAUUUAAUUAUAAAUCAACUAAUAAUUCUACUCUCAUGUUCCAACCAAAUAAUCAGAAAAUCAAUAUUAUCAACUGUGUAGAAACAAACAAAAAUAAUAAUAAUAAUAAAAAUAAAAAUUACAACCCACAAAAUGAUCAACAUAAAAAUGAAUAA